AUGUCAAAUUUAAAUCGAAAAUAUAAGAAAGAAUCUUGUCGAACAUUACUUGGUUUUCUUCGAUGUCUUGUUGGACAAAGAAUACAAAUUGAUGUUUAUGGUGGUAUUAUGCUUGUUGGUAUACUUAUUGAUAUUGAUGUUAAUCAUAAUAUUCAAUUAUCACAAGUAACAAUGUCACGUCCAAUUCAAAAAUCAAUAUCAUUUAAUCGUUUAUGUAUUCGAUAUAGAAAUGUACGUUAUAUUCGUAUACCAGAUGAAAUAGAUAUUAUAGAAACAAUUCGACAAGAUUUAAAACAAAUGAAUCCAAAACCAAAUGAAAUUAUCGGUGGUGGACAAAAGAAAAUGUAUAUCAAAAAAGGACAAGAAUAUGAAAAAAAUUUACCAACACUUAGACCUGAUAAUUAUUAUGAUUAA